CUCGCGUGGGGCAAAACCCCCACAGCCCCUCGGUGGCAGAGCGGCCCCUCACCACCCCCACGGCCCAAACUGAGCCAAAAUGUGCCCGGGGCCAGCACGAAGCUGCGGAGUUCCUGUUUGGAAGGCGGUCCUGCCGGGGUUGGUACCUGCGCAGGGGUCAGCAGCGCUGGUUUGUUGUUGUGAGUCCCGACUUAUCAGUGCCCCCGCGCUUCCCCGCUCCCCGUGCCUUCCUUCCGAGCCAAUUGUUGAUCCCGCAGUCUUGGCUGCACUUGAAAAAAAGGAGAUUUCCUGCAAUUGUUUCGCAGGACUUGCAGCCCGAUGCAAAAUUUUCUGCCUAUCAGCCCCCUCCCCAGCGCCGGGGCAAGGCUUGAGCCCCCUGGCUUCCCCUGCCAGACCGCGGGGCAAUCACGGCUCGGUGAUUAAUUGCUGCCUGGCCAGAGGUGCUUCUCUGGCGACAUCCAUCUGCCAUCGGCUCCUGCAGGAGCACUGCCGGGGCAGAGAGUUCGGCUUUCAGCCCUUUCUCCCCGAAAAGAGCCCUGAGCUCACCCUGAUAUCGGGGUGGCAUCAGGGACAGCUUUUGGCACCUUUGUUAAAACCCACCCCAACCCCUCGGGAUUCCCAGUGCCGGGGCAGGACCUGGGAUGUAAUUUCCCCACAGAAGGAUCCAGGCAGGAUCCAGCCUCUCAGCCCGGUGGGGUGACAGUGGAGGGGACACUCAGGAAGCCUCGGGGACCCCCGGGCACCUGCGGCUUCCACACCGACACCUGCCCGUGGCCUCCCCGCGCCUGUCCCCACCCUGCGGCAAAAUCAAAUGGGAGCCGAGUCCCGGCGCUGGAAAUUCAGUCAAAUGUCACCCGCGCUGGGCUGUCGCAGGAUGUUGCACCACGACGGUCAUUUCCUGCCCCGCAAGCGGCCACCAAGCCCACCCGAGCUCCGUGCCCAGAGGCGCUCGGGCUGCCGAGCCGAGAGGAUCCCCCCGCUCCCGAACAGCCCCAGCACAGCCCUCGCUCAGCCGCCGCCACCAGGAUGGCCGAGGUGACCACUGUCCCCGUGGAGACACGCACUGUCCCAAGCGAGUACGGGGACUACCACAACUUGUCCGAGCUGUUCUACCUCCUGAACCACACCUACACCUACUGUGAGUUCAGCCUGGAUGAGAACAUCAAGCGAGUGAUUCUCUUCAUCCUCUACCUGGUCAUCUUCGUGGUGGGCUUGGUGGAGAACCUCCUCGUCAUCUGGGUCAACUGGCAGACACGGGGCAACAAGAGCUUGGUCAACCUGUACAUCAUCAACAUGGCCAUCGCCGACCUCGGGGUGCUGCUCUCGCUGCCCAUCUGGAUGCUGGAGGUGAUGCUGGAUUACACCUGGCUCUGGGGCAGCUUCCUCUGCCGCUUCACCCACUACUUCUACUUCGCCAACAUGUACGCCAGCAUCUUCUUCCUCACCUGCCUGAGCGUGGAUCGCUACGUGACCCUGACCAGCUCCUCCCUCUUCUGGCAGCGGCACCAGCACCGCGCGCGCCGCGUGGUCUGCGCCUGCAGCUGGGUCCUGGCCGCCGCCAUCCCCGUCCUGGAGGUGUCCCACAUGCAGCUGGUCAACACCGGGGAGCCCAUCUGCAUCUUCAUGGCCCCCUUCGAGACCUACGACGAGUGGGCGCUGGCGGUCAGCUUGGCCACCACCGCCAUCGGCUUCCUCAUCCCCUUCCCCAUCAUCGCGGUGUUCAACGUGCUGACGGCGCGUUUCAUCCGCCGCACCAAGCCGGAGAGCCGCAAGCACCGCCUGCUCAUCUACGCCUACAUCGGGGUGUUCCUGCUCAGCUGGCUGCCCUUCCACGCCGUGCUGACGCUGCUCACCCUCGAGGGCAGCCACAUCAUCCUGCACUGCACCUUGGCCCACCUGCUCUACUUCUUCUACGACAUCAUAGACUGCUUCACGCUGCUCCACUGCGUCCUCAACCCCAUCCUCUACAACUUCCUCAGCAAGAACUUCCGCAGCAAACUCAUCUCUGCCGUCGUCAAGUACAUCCCCAAGGAGCACGGGGGCCAGAAGGGCGCCGGCAGCUCCUCCUCCAGCACGCAGCACUCCAUAGUCAUCACCAAGGACAGCAGCCCUCCCAACUAAGGGGGUCAGACUCUCCCAGCCUCCAUCGUGGUGGCUCCCUGGGGACAGUGGGAUCGGUUUUCCUGCUGCUGCCGAGGACACAACUUGCUUGGGCACAGCCCUUCUUGGCUGGGCACCUCCCGUGGCAGGUUGAGGCGCCUGGUUUGAGGAGAGCUGGGAGCUACGGACAUCUUGCCUCUGGGGUGCUGCUGUGUCCAGCCUAAAGAAAGGAUAAGAGAAAAUUGUAUUUCCUGUUUGACAAGAGAAACCCUUGCAAUAAUAAAGCUUGUUACUCCACUCGGUGUCUGACACAACCCAACCCCAAGAUCAGAGCCUCAUCCUGCCCCAAGCUGUGGGGUUGGAGUGCACAUCCGCCCCAUCACGGGCAUUUCUGCAUCCUCAAACUGCCCCUGAGCCCCAGCCCUGGGCACGGCACUGCCUGUGAGAGCCAUCCCGAGUGGGAGAGAAGGAAACAUCCCUUUGGAACACAAAACCCCCCGUCUAGUGCCCAGCAAUGCCCAGAGCCUGAUUUUUGAGAGAUGAAGGCGAAGCAGCCCAAGGGGCUGAGCAGGGCACAGAUCUGAGGGGGGAAACAACUUGGAUUCGAGAUCAGCCACUCCUUCCGAGCAAUUUUGCAAACCCACUUGUAAAUUAGUGAUGGCUAAACUGGGUUUUACUGGAAAGGGCUGCUCCAGACUGACUGUGGGUCCCCCAUCCCAUUAACUCCAGCCUCCUCUGGAGCAUCCCCUGGCAGGUUUUUAUGGCCACUGGGUAGAUUUCUCAAAUCCAUCAGGCUCCAAAAGCACUUCCCCUUCCACCAAAGUCCCUGUGGGAACAUGGGCAUGUGCAGAAAACCUCAGAGCUGGAGCACGGGCUGGGCUUGUGCUGUGCAAGGAACUGGAGCAUCCGGAGAAAGUUCAUCCUUGUCUGGAUCCUGAUCCCCGUCACGAGCUGCGGGUCGAGCCCUCGCUGGGGGAAGGUGACAGAGCGACCAUAAAUCUCCCAAAGGCCUUGAGCUGCUCGAGGAACACGCCUGAAAAAAAGCAAAGCAUAAGCAAUUCUGGGGACAGGAUGCUGGUGCAGGGUGGGGGGAGCAGGAUGUCCCAGGAGAAGCCCAUGACCGGGGGUUGAGACGGAUACGGGGUUAUCACGGGUCUGGCUGGGAAAGUUCUGCCACUUCCAGGGGUCCCUGAUGGGGUAAAACCCUAAAUUCCUCAGGGUUCCUUCUGCAGGGAUGUUCCUCUGUAUCCCAGGACAGAGGGAACAAUCCAAAUCCACCUCUUGCACAGAAAACCCUGGUCAGAAUUCCCUGCUCAGGGCAGCAGCUCAGGCCCUUCCCUGCUCCUCACACCUGUGAGUGCAGAACCCCAGGGGCUGUGAGACCCCCAGGCUGAGAUCUGCACCCACAGGACCCCACCACCUCCAUUCCCUGAUCCCAAAUCCUCCCUGAGCUUCCCUUUGCUAAUUCCCUCCCAUUUCCAAGGAAGAAAUGGAUGAUUAACACACAACCAGCCACUCAUCAGGGCAAAAAUAUAUUCAAGAUACUUAAACAUGUAGAAUUUGGUAUUUCACCUAAUAAACUUAAUUUUUAACUGUC